GCCCUGGGCGCCCCCGGGUUUCGUGUCCCCUACUUUCCAGAGGAGGAGGUGCAGUCUGUGGGCACCCCGGCAGAGGAGCACCCAGCUUCGCAGGAUGCGGGGGAGGUGCUCGAGGAGGAGGCGGAGGAGGAGGAGGACGCGAAUCAGGAGGCAUCUACCUCAACGCAAAUGCCACGGCCUCGAGCACGGCAAGCCACGGUUCGACCAAGGCUGCCUCGUCGAGUCCCUCGAGUCUCUCGACAGGAGCGGCGGGACGAGGCGGCCUUUUCGGCCGUGGCUAACCAACAGCGCCUGCUCGAGCCCAACGUAGGCCGUGACACGAAAGACGAGAGAUUCCAGGGACAGAUCACGCUCGGCAUGGGGCAGGUCCUGGAGCGGCUGGACCAGCUGGCACAGAACGUGGGGCAGCUGGCGCAGCACGUGGAGCAGCAGGCGCAGAGCAUGGACCGGAUUGCAGACAACAUCCAGGAGGGGGUCCUCUCUAUGCAGCAAAACGCUGCCUUCAUGCGAGGGGUCAUCCUCCUGCUAUCCAGCCACGCUCUGCGUCAGCCUCAGCCCCAGCCCCAGCCCCAGGCCGAGCCCCAGGCCGAACCCCAGGCCGAGCCCCAGGCCCAGCACCUGGCCCAACCUCCAGAGGAUCACAACUAA